AUGCUUUCUAAUCCUCUUCAGCGAUUUUCUUCCGAUCAUUCUCUCCCAACUAAAACGUUUCUGCCAGACUCCUAUGUCUCUGCAGAUUAUCUUCAUAGGGUGAAUCUCGAUGCCUCUAGUCACGGCUCUCAGCACGCUGUUCAACACCUACAGCAACAUGUUGGUGUAUCUGCGCCUCACUCGUCCGAAGCGCCGCAACCAAAACAUCGAGAACUCUACAAAGCCCCUGAAGCUCGACUAACCAGCACCGGGGUUCCCAUUCGAAGGAGAAUUAGCAGAGCUUGCGACCAGUGCAACCAAAUGCGGACGAAAUGCGAUGGACAACACCCUUGCGCACACUGUAUAGCAGAAUUUGGUCUUGGGUGCGAAUAUAUCCGGGAACGAAAGAAAAGAGGCAAAAUCUCCCGCAAAGACCUGGCUCAAAAGGCGACCGUGCAGGCGGCAGAGGUUCAAGAUGUUCGAGAGUCUUCCACCCUAGACGACGAUGGCUUGUCAACCGAACAUAGGACAAACCGCGGUAAAUCGAAGCAGCGUCAACUGUCUACUUCCAAUGAAAAUGUGUUUAAUAACCUUUCCGAAGAAGUCAUGGAGAGAGGACAAGCUGUUUCUUGUCUGGAUAGUCUGGCAGAGUUGAGCUCUGAUCAACCUCAUCUAGCUACCAAUAUCUCAGCACUAGAAAGCGAUCAGCUUGGUAGUCCAACUUCUUUGAACUUGGACGUAUUUGGACAAAUGAUGACUGGGCCAGCCCGUAACUCCUACGGACCCAGUCAACCCGGUCUUUCAAAUUGUACAGAUAUUUCCUUCGGUCUUCUACCCCAGAGCGCAGGCAAUUACAUAACAGGUGCCAGCCCUAUUAGUGCCUACCCCAUUACAGGAGAGCCAACAUCCGCCGGCCGGGUAACAAUGCCAUCCUCACCGCCGCGAUACCAGUCGUACAUUCCGCAAAUCAACUACCACCAGCAACUGCGAUACCCUGUUCUAAACCCUCUCCUCCCACAUCUAGGGAACAUAAUUCCGGUUUCUCUAGCCUGCGACUUAAUUGAUCUGUACUUUGCGAGCUAUUCGUCUGCUCACGCUCAUCCGAUGUCUCCUUACAUUCUUGGCUUCGUCUUCAGAAAGCGGUCCUUCCUCCAUCCCAAUCAACCGAGGCAAUGCCAGCCAGCAUUAUUGGCAAGCAUUUUAUGGGUAUCAGCACAAACCAGCGACGCGCCAUUUAUAGCCAGCGUUCCAUCAGCUCGAGGUAAAAUCUGCCAUAGGCUACUUGAGCUUACGGUCAGUUUACUAAAGCCACUAAUACACACACUCUCUAGAGAUUCAUCCCCAGUUACCAGUUCUGUUAUGGACGAUGUAGCUGUAGGAGGACUGGGCAUUGCAAUCCCCUGUUUUAUGAGCCUGGACAAUGCGGCCGGAAGGUCUGGUCCAUUCGGAACUGCAGGAACACCGGACGAUAUCGUCACAUAUAUUCAUCUCGCCACAGUCUUUUCAGCCAGCGAGUAUAAGGGUGCCAGCUUAAGGUGGUGGAAUGCGGCUUGGUCACUCGCGCGAGAGUUGAAGCUGGGAUGUGAACUUCCAUCCUCGGCUUCACAACAAAUUGAUCCCAAAACUAUUAAUAACAACGCCGUUAACGAACUUAACGACGAAUUAGGAGCUAUCACUAAUGAAGGACGGGAGGAAAGGAGACGUAUAUGGUGGCUUGCAUAUACCAUGGAUCGGCAUCUUGCACUUUGUUACAAUCGACCCCUAUUCCUCCUGGAUAUAGAAUGCGGAGGUCUUCUUCAGCCAAUGAAUGAUACAAAAUGGCAAAAUGGCGACUUUAAACCAAACAAUACGGACCCGGCGCUAUCUCACCACCAAGUCAGAGGUCCACACUUCGAAUGUAGUGGGCAUUCUAUCUUUGGGUAUUUUCUGCCACUUAUGGCAAUUCUUGGUGAGAUUGUUGAGCUUCAUCACGCGCGUAACCACCCUCGUUUCGGAAUCAGCUUUCGAUCCGCCCCCGAAUGGGACGGUCAAGUAGCAGAAAUUAGGCGCCAUCUCGAGAUAUAUGAAGAGAGCCUCAAGAAAUUUGAGCAACAAUAUUUCCACAUCUAUAAUAAUAAUUCGAGCGAACCCUUACUAACUUUGGAGAUGCCCGGAGAACUUGAGCGUAUGGGGUCGCCAUCAGCGCGCUCGGUCGGUACCAACUCAUCACGAAUGACAGAAUCAGAUAUCCAGACGCGGAUAGUCAUAACAUACGGUACUCAUGUCAUGCAUGUACUCCAUAUCUUAUUGGCUGGAAAAUGGGAUCCAAUCAAUCUUUUUGACGAUGAUGAUCUCUGGAUUUCAUCGCAAGAUUUCAUUACCGCUACUGGCCACGCAGUUUCUGCUGCCGAAGCUAUUAGCAAUAUUCUUCAGUACGACCCAGGCUUGGAGUUUAUGCCGUUUUUCUACGGAAUUUACCUACUUCAAGGGUCAUUCCUCCUUCUUUUAAUUGCCGACAAGCUUCAAGCCGAGGCAUCCGCGAGUGUUGUGAGAGCUUGUGAAACCAUCAUCCGUGCUCACGAGGCAUGCGUCGUCACGCUUAAUACAGGAUAUCAGCGAAACUUUAGUAGAGUAAUGCGAAGCGCUCUUGCACAGGUCCGCGGCCGUGUGCCUGAAGACCUCGGUGAGCAGCACCAGCGACGGCGUGAACUUUUGGCGUUAUAUCGGUGGACUGGCGACGGCACUGGACUAGCAUUGUAG